GCCCCGCGCGCCCGUGGCCCUUGCGCACGCGCGAGGCGCAUGCGCGGCAGCGCGUCCUGAGCCGGGGCGGGUGCGGCCAUGGCCCUGCGGCUGCUGCGGGCCGCGGCGAGGUCAUCACUGCCCUGCAGCUCGCUGAGGAGCACCAGCUGUAAAUCAGAGGGAAGACCUGAGCCUGCUAAGCAGACACUUAAGAAACCGAAGUUACCAGUAGGCCGAUUUGAUGAACCGGAGGAGUCCAGUAUAGAGAGGGAACCUCUGGAAAAAUUCCCUGAUGGAAUCAAUCCUGCUACAAAAGAGAGAGGUGGACCGAAAGGCCCUGAACCGACACGUUUCGGAGACUGGGAGAGGAAGGGACGUUGUAUAGACUUCUAAUGUGUAAAUGAAUCCAUAUUGCUGAUGAUAUAUUUCUAGUUGUUGAAGAGUAUGUAUAGAAUAAUCUCAGCUAGAUUUGUUGCGGAUGUUCUUGUUUCUAUCAUGCUGGGAUACUUUAUGUAAAUAAACACGAUACUACAACUCAGUUUUUGAAGCUGUUACUUUAUGUGCACCUGGUCAUCAGUGGUAUUUAUACUAAACAAAUGCAAGUACAGUGAGUGUGGAGUUCGUAGCAGGAUCUUGCUGAGACGUAUAAAUGGCUUGUAUUUCGUUAUGUAAGUGAACAUUUUUAUCUAUCUAUCCAUAAAGGCCAGGUUGGCUGGCGCCCUAGGCAGCCUGAUCUAGUGGGUGGGUGGCAGCCCCGCUAAUGGCAGGGGGGCUGGAACUGGAUGGUUAAGGGCCCUUCCAUCCCAAGCAUUCUGCGUCUGCUUGAAAACUGGCUAAAUGCUGCUUGAGAAAAAGUAACAUUAUUUUCUGAUAACUUAUGGUCAAAAGUGACGGUUGGAUGAGAUGAGCUUAAUAUUGCAGGUCUUUGAGCUGAAGACCUUUCUGUCAGACCAGCUCAGUUCAUCGUUCAAGAAUUUGCCUAGCUGGAAAUACUGCAGUAGAGCACAAGCCCACCGCUUCUGUGGGUACUUAAUAGGAGAAUAAGCUGACAUUAUUAAAACCUCUAGCAUAUUAAUGCUCUAGGUAUUUGCUGUGCAACUUCUUUUUGAUAGAUGGAAAAAACUGAUCUUCUCUAUCUUCAACUGUAAAUGUUUGGGGUUUUUUUUCCCCACCAUUCAUUUGUGCUUCUUGCCUGGUGUUUUGCUGGUUUUCCAACCUCUUUGCUUUUCCUCUAUGCUGUCUUAUAUAUUCACAAUUCCCAUUAGCUGCUUCUGCUGUAGCAUCACAGUGGGCAUUCAAACUGAAUGAAGGGCGUUUGGAGAGCCCAGUACUGUGCGGUCUUCCGUUUUAUGGCCUACAUUUCUUUUUCCUGUAUGUAUUUGUUUGCUGUUUGCUCUGCCAAAGCAAGUUUUGCUUGAAUGGAAGUCAGCUUUAAUCACAAUUUCUGUUGUUCUGCAUUACUGUGGCUCUGUGAGGAUGUACCACUUGGUCCACUUUUGCCUGAUUUUAUUAAAGCUGCAAAGCAUCUGAGCCCUGUUACAGAUCUUAAAAACCUCCCCCAAACCCACCUGACUUGUGGCCAGCAGGGAAGCUCUUCUUGCAGUCUGCCCUUUGCAUACCUUGUGUAUGUUUGAUUGGUGUAGUAUUGGGCCACUUGUGAAUGAGGAGAUUCAUCUCACUGCCGUGAUGCCCUAAAUAAGUAUUAAGUCUGUUCACUUAGGUUUAUCAGCACAUACCUCACCAAAGAACAAAAUCAGAUGUGUUAAAGCCUAUUUUCUUAAAAGUUAUUAACUAGUAAUUAUAACUGUUAAUUAGAUUUUGAACCCUUAAUCUUCUAUAAAUUCUGGAUAUUGGAAAAUGAGUCUGCGUUUACCUGAUUGAUUCUAGUUUAACAGUUUUUCCCAAGAUCUGUUGAAUUGCUUAGUUACAUAAAAAUGCUCUGGGUCUGUAAUAUGUGCUGUUUCUUAAAACGUCUAUUUCUAGUGCUGCUUUGCCUCUUCAGUCCCCAGCAGAGGGGAAAAUACUGUGUCAUACAGUACAACUACUUUUCAAGUUCAAAGCAGAAAUGUUAAUUGAAAACUUCUGUCUUUCCUGCAUCAUUAUUAUUAGGCUUCCCAUCUUAAUUAAUGAAGAGGCAGUAAUGCCACUGCAGUUAUUUUUGCAUUAUAAACCUUAACCUUAUCCACAGGUUGUUGCAUGAUUUUGUUAUCUUCUUUUGCCAGAUUUUGCCUUUCCCAGCACAAGCUCCAUGAAUGUUUGUCUAGUUCCACUUGGCAUUCUUGGUGCUCAGUCCUAAUUGCUGCAUUCAUCACAGACUGCCUUCUAGCUGUGGCUGCAGUUCUCCCUGGUUACAGAACUGCACCUUUUGGCAACCAUAUAAAGAACUGUUUGCAUUUACCUGUGGUUUUCUUUGGUUUUUUUCAGUUGUUACCUUUGCAAUUAAGAGCUAAAUCUACCUAUGUUUUCUGAAAAAUGAAAAUCCCCGUGUGAGAACUUGUGACCCAUCCCUUCUGUUGCUGUCCUCAGAGAGAAUAAAAGCGCUGUUUCCUUUCUGAGCCGAGCGCUCUGCAGGCACCUCCUUGCCCUCUGAUGGAGGCUGCUGUCCAUGGAGCCCAGCAGGUCCCAGGCCCUCUCUGCUGCACCCACUGAGCUCCCGUUUGAGAGCUGCCUCUGCGAGUGCUGUCCUACCAACAAGGGAGUGCCUCACAAAGGCAGGGAUUGUUCUUUCUUCUGCAAACUAAACAGUCUCCUGCUAACCCGUACUGUAAAUACUGGUUGUCAGCAGGUAGGCGCUCAGGAAAUAGAGGAUACCUCUUCCAUCUUAGGAAGCAGGCCUUUGUCCCCACCUCCCAGGUCAGUGCCAGUAACCGCCAAGUGUUUUACGUAAUUUGAGUAGGGAAUGUGUCAAUAAGAGAGGAGAGACUGAAUGCUUGGGGGCAAAAAAAAAAAAAAAAAAAAAACGCCAAGGAGCAUUUCUGUCUGGCCUGGCAAUGUGGCAUUUAGCAAGAAGAGAAAUACUGACAAGUCCAAAAUACCUUUUUUUGUGGUGCUGCAGGAUCGCUGGUGGUGUUUGUCAAAACCAGUCAUGGUUUCAAUGCGGUAACCAACACAAUGACAGUGUAAGGUGCAGGUGAUCGUUCCUGUUUUGUUUUCUCGCAGUGUCUGCAGUCACAAAAGAAGCACUUCAGCACUUUUUCAGUGGUGUCUUCCUGCUCUUUCCAAAUGAUGAAUAUUAGUGAUUCACUGAUGGAGCAUUAGAGUAGAGCUAUGACUAGCCACUGAAUUAGCCACAUAGGUAUGCUUUUAUCAUAAAUACUGAUUCAUCUAUUUUUGUAGCUCUUUCUGUUAGUAUAACAGGGUGGAAAGCAUCAGGGAGCUCUAUUCAUUUUCUGUUGUCUUGCAUUUCCGUGAGACAGAAUUGUUCUGCCCAUGUAAGCAAAAUCUUGUAAUUCUGGAGGAUGCUUGUUGCUCGGCUUUGUCUUUACUAAAAAGCUGUAUGUUGCUUCUCUGCAGGAGGUUUUCAUAUUAAACUUGUUUUUGCUAGUUGUUUACAUUCAGUACACUAAAAUUACGAAGCCUCAUUGUUUGAAGGACUUGCUCUGUAAUUACUUUAUUGCAAAAUAUAUAAAGUUGCACGCUACAGUGAAAACAUUUGCUAUAUAUUGCCAUGUUUGCAAAAUAUCUAUUUCAGUGCUGAUUUUACUAAGUUAAAAUGCACGGUUUUGUCGUAUUGUUGAAUCAGAGUGAAAUUACCCUGUGUCAUAGCAGAUGUUUUUGAAGAACUGUGGAGUAUCAUUGUAAAACUGGACUGCUUUUUCAGUUGACUGCAAUAAAUGAUUCCAGCAGCCUGUGGUGGCA